UUUUAGCCAUUUCCCUCUUUCAGGGUCCAAGUUAGAGGUGGUUGAUAGUGGUAUCAAACCCUUUGGAUCUGCAGACAACGAGAUCCGAUGACCAGGUUUCCCUACGUAUUUCAUCAAUGAUCGUAAUAGGUGAUGCAAUAAUUCUUGGCCAAGCAUGGUUAUGUUGGGCAACCAUCCAAAUGUGUAUAUAAUAUCCAGUGGCAGCCAUUUCUCAAUAUAGAUAUCAGAAUCAGACUCAGAAUCAUCAAUACACAAAAGCACAAACACUAGCACAAGCACACUCUACUUGACCUCUACAUCCAAUCCACUAUACAAUAAACCAUUCAUCAUGCCUCUCACACGAACUCACCGUCACACCGCCCCCCGCCGCUCCAUCUUCAGCACCCGCCGCCGUGCUCCAGCCCAUUCUCAUCGCCAUACAACCACCACCACAACAACAACAAAGCCCCGCCGCCGCGGAAUGUUCGGCGGUGGUGCUGGCCGACGAACUCAUGCUACAACCACUGCUCCCGUUCAUCACCACCAGCGUCGACCUUCCAUGAAGGAUAAGGUCAGCGGUGCCCUACUCAAGCUCAAGGGUAGUUUGACUCGCCGAUCUGGUGUCAAGGCUGCUGGUACUCGACGCAUGCGCGGUACUGAUGGUCGUGGUGCGCGUCACCACCGCUAUUAAACAUCCUAAGUAACUUGCUAGUUACCUACCUUAUGCCAAGCGGUCAUCAAGCAGACCGAGCAUACAGGAAAUCCUGCAAGUCGAACGGAGUAUGGAAUCACGGAUAUUGAACUUAUACACAACAUGUACGAUUAUGAUAGCGUUGAUACCCUCUACUGGGAGUUGAGGAUAAUAGUAUUAUUUGUUACACGGCUAUACAUAGACAAGCAUAAAUUUGCACUGCCACUACCAGAGACCUUAUCCAUCACAAUCUCGCAGCUCGUCCUAAC